AUGGAUAGGAUGAGAGCAGUGACCAUGGUCGGGUGUCAACCGGUGAAAGGUAGAAAGUCAAUACGUGUUAAGUAUGGUCCCGUGAUAGCUUCGAUCAUUAAACCACGCUUGGCUUCGUGGCUAGAGUUGUCGCACUAG